GAGGGAGCGCGGCCCGGCACGGUACGGGAGACACCCCAAGCCGCGCGUGAGCGACCCCGCACCACGCGUCCAGCCGCACGGCCGCGGAGCCGUGCCACGCUGCGAGCCGGCACGCCCCAUCGACCGCUUCCCGUCCAACGCCACGGCAGCGCCACUGCGGCCCCCCGUUCUGGCACGCGAUAAAUCGAGCGCCGAAACACAGAGAGAAAAAUUCACGCUGGGCCCCGUCGUUUUCGGCCGAAGACACCUCGCGGAAACAAAUGCGCCAGCAGCAGUAAUGAGGCGAUGUACAAGGGGAAAUGCUUUGACCGGAGUUUACUAUAGUAUCCCGCGCGCUUUUAUUCGACUUCUCUAUAUAAUCCCGUGCGGCUAGCGUCUUCGCAUCACAAGCCAAGAGUUACUGGAAGAGAGCAGGAUCACAGGAGCGAGAUGGUGACUACGAUAGAGGAUCUGCACGCCGACGUGCUGGCCCGCGCGCUGCGGCGGCUGGACGGCCGGUCGCUGGCUGCCGCGAGCUGCGCGACGGCCGGGCUCCGGGCGCUGGCAGCGGACCCGGAGACGUGGCGCGCGCUCUGCCUCGCCGAGUGGCCGUCACUGGCGGGCGAGCGCCGGCUCCUCGCCGCAGUCCCGCCGCACCGGCUCUUCGCCGACGCGUUCCCGUUCCCGUCCCCGGACGCCGCGGGCCUCGGUGGAGGGGAGGGCGAGCUCGAGCUCCCCGGGGAGCUCGUCUCUGCGGUGGACGUCUACUGCAGGGGCGCGCCCCUGCUGUCCCGCGUGGUGGAGACGCCAGCGUCGUCGUCGUGGUUCCUCGGCUCGCCGUUCCGCGUGGAGGCCGUCGAGCACAAGAAGCCGGCGCUGGAGGCGGUGUCGUCGCCGGCGGAGCUGGAGCUGAGCUGGGUGGUCGUGGACCCCGCCCGCGGCCGGGCGGUGAACGUGUCGAGCCGGCGCGCGGUGGCGGUGGACCGGCACUGGUACACCGGCGAGACGAUGGUGCGGUUCGCGGUGGUGCUGGGCGGGUGCAAGUUCGAGGCCACCGUGACCUGCUCCGAGGGGGCCGGGCACGUCAACGAGGUCAGCCUCGCCGUGGAGGAUGCCGACGGCGCCGCGGUCAGCGGCGAGGGCACGCUGCGGCUUCUUGCCGCGGCAAUGGAAGGGCAGAGGAGGGGAGGCGAGAAAGAGCCGGAGGAGGCGAAGAGGAGGUACGAAGAGUUCGUGAAGAGGAAGAAGGGGAGGAAGGAGAGCAAGGCGCGACGCGAGGCACUCUUGGAUCUGUGCUGCUCCGUCGCCAGCGCCGUCGUCGUGCUGACCUUCCUCGGCGCUGUCGCGCUCCGGUGAUCGGCGCCUGCCGGCUGACGGCCGGACAAGUUCGUGCGCGGCUCUUUUUGGCCGCCGACGAACUCGGCAACAAAUCCAACUACCAUGUAGGUGCACAGGCAUGUCAUCAGAUCGAGUAGCGAACUUUUUUUGUGUUACACCUUUUCCUUAGUAGUAAUAGUUA